CAGGGACCAGCUGAUGCACAGACCCGGCUGGGCGUGCCAAGAGUUCGCGCACUGAUAAGUUGAUAAGAAUUUUUCCUCCCCACAAUCAAGAAAUGUUGCUUUCAAUUGCGGGUGACGGGAAGCUCCAAAAGCCAGCAAGCUUCGACAGGCCGAGCAUGGACUCGAGGGCUCCGUGAACUGCCAUGAAGCGAAGGAACGAGGAGGAGCACCCUAGCAGCCGGCCGAAGCGCCGAUUGACUGUGGCUAAGCAUGUCAAUGCAGCAGAGUACGAUGGCAAUGAAUCAGACUCACACGACGACGGGGACGUCCAGUCCUCAGCGGCAUCCUACGUAGACUCGGGCUCAGAGUCCGACGGCGAGGUGGACGACGAUGACCAGUCAACCCCUGCCACCACCAUCACCAGAGCCGGCGACACCAAGUCGGGCCCGCCGUCGACGUCUACGGCAGUGUCCCGCAAGGUGUUUCCGUCCAUGCUCAAGACCAUCAAGUGCACACACCCCGGCUGUCCCAAGACCUUCAACCGGCCCGCCCGCCUCGCCGCCCACCUGCGCUCGCACAUGGGCGACCGGGCGCUCAAGUGCCCCCACGAGGGCUGCGACAAGGCCUACUUCAACGAGAAGCACCUGAAGCAGCACAUCAAGGGCUCCCACACGGGCGAGCGGCAGUACGCCUGCCCCGAGCCCGGCUGCGACAAGACCUUCCUGACGGGCACCCGCCUCCGUCGCCACGCCGUCGUGCACUCGGGACAGGGCCGCUUCCCCUGCACUGGCCACGGCCCCUGCGACAAGGUCUUCCGCAAGCACCAGACCCUGCAGCGCCACGUCCGCGCCGACCACCUGGGCCAGCCCGCCUUUGCCUGCUCGCACGACAACUGCGGCGCCGGCUUCGACACGGCCAACACGCUGCGCAAGCACGUCCAGCGCGAGCACGGCGAGCUCCGCUUCUGGUGCGACGAAUGCGGCAAGGAGGACGGCGAGGGCGGCCGCCGCACCGGCUUCACCACCAUGCACCUGCUCAUGGUGCACAUGCGCCGCUGCCACGUCGACUGCCUCUUCUGCGACGCCCGCUGCGGCUCCCAGUGGGAGCUCGAGCGCCACAUCGAGAUGCACCACUCGGGCUCCUCGGCCGCCGACCGCAAGGUCGUCGCGUGCACCUGGGACGGCUGCGACAAGAAGUUUACGCGCCGCGCCAACCUGAACGUCCACGUACGCAUGGUCCACGAGGGCUACCGCUUCGUCUGCGGCGAUGUGGCUUUCCCGGACUCUCCCGAGCUCGUCGCUGCCGGCUGGGGCGGGGAAGGCGACGGCGACGACGACGGUGACGGCAAUACCCGGGGCAACGGCGCCGCGUGUGGUAGCGGCUUUCACACCAAGCGCAGGCUUGAGGACCACAUCCGCGUCGCCCAUCUCAACCUCCCACGCCUCGCCAAGACUCUGCACGAGAAUGAGAACGACGGUGACGCUGGCCUCAAGCCCGCCGGCCUCUUUAGCAUGUACGCAUCUACCGCGACCGCCGGGUGGGACGAGGACGAUGACGGGCUGCUGUUUGCGGCUGCGUCUCAGCAGAUCACACCUCAUCCCACUGCGGUGUCGCUAGAGCAGCAGGUUGCGGCGAGCACCGACCUCUUCUGCAGCCAGUCCGACUGCUUCCAGGCGUUUAACACAAUCGAGGAGCGUGAUGAGCACGUAAAGCAGCUCCACUCAUCUAGGGAUGGAUAUGCAGGGCAUGCGGUUCCUAUCCUGCCUGCGGCUUGGGAGGAAAAUCCCCCAGUCGAGGUUCGGUUUCUGCCGCCGGCUGAGAAUGCAUCUCCCUAUCUGCCAGCCGCCCUAUCUGAUUUCAACAGUACCAAAGACCACGCGUAUCUUCAGACAGCCGUCGAGGGCCAAAAUCUCCUGAAUCCUGGCAUGCCUGACGGAGAGUCCACCUACGACAUAACCUACCGGCCUAUCAGCAGGGCUGAUGAUCUAAGUGCUCUUGUUGACCCAAGACUUUUGACCUGAAGACCCUGUCCGCACGGAUUUGUAACCUCUUUCCGGGGCCUCAUCCUUUUUACCUACUCACACUUGCACCCACGUGUACGAUACUCAUGACUUUAUGCGUUUUUCUUUUGCUAUGACUGCUCAACAAGCAGGUUAUAAAAAUGGUGGAUGGGGAAAUAACAUACAAUGUAUAACGGACUCACGACCAUGAUGACGGAGUGGGUAGGAUGGGCAAAAAAUGCACUAUGGUUUGGGCAGGAAUGGAAAAUAGAUAGACGUCAGCGCACGGGUAAGAUGGACGCAAUGAUCAAGCAUGACGGGCUACGAUCCCACGAAUAUCGGCGAAUCGACUGAGCCUAAAGCCAUCAACCUCGAAUUCAGGCCACUUACAAGGCAUUG